AUGGGAGGCCCCGCUGUUGGUAUAGACCUGGGCACCACCUUCUCCUGUGUCGGCAUCUGGCAGAGCGGCAAAGUGGAGAUCAUCGCCAAUGACCAAGGUAACAGGACGACACCGAGCUACGUAGGGUUCACGGACAAGGAGAGGUUGGUAGGGGAGGCGGCGAAGAACCAAGGCGCUCUCAACCCCCAGAACACCGUAUAUGAUGUCAAGAGAUUGAUCGGUCGGAAGUUCAAUGAGGAGUCUGUCCAGAAAGACAUUCCCGCUUUUCCCUUCCAGGUGUUGAACAGAGACGACAAGCCUAUGAUCCAGGUGCAAUACAAGAACGAGACGAAGGUCUUCUCCCCGGAGGAGAUAUCCGCGAUGGUUCUCACCAAGAUGAUAGCUACAGCAGAGACCUACCUGGGACAGAAGGUACGACAGGCGGUGGUGACGGUACCAGCUUACUUCAACGACGCUCAGCGACAAGCUACCAAGGACGCGGGAACUAUCGCUGGAAUCAGCGUCAGCAGAAUCAUCAACGAGCCUACAGCGGCGGCCCUGGCGUACGGGCUGGACAAGAAGGGUGCUCCAGAAAAGAACGUACUGAUAUUUGAUCUUGGAGGAGGGACUUUCGACGUGUCUAUAUUGAACAUUGCAGACGGAGUGUUUGAAGUCAAGGCCACGGCCGGCGACACACAUUUGGGAGGAGAGGACUUCGACUGGCGAAUGACCAAUCACUUUGCCCAAGAGUUCAAACAGAAGUUCAAAUCCGACAUUACCGGAAACAAACGAGCGAUGAGAAGAUUGCAGAAUGCUUGUGAACGAGCCAAGAGAACACUGUCUUCCUCUACACAAGCUACCAUCGAGGUGGAUUCCCUCCACGACGGGAUAGACUUUUUGUCAUCAAUAACUAGAGCCAAGUUUGAAGAUCUUAACGCAGAUUUGUUCAAACAAACGUUGGAACCCGUGAAAAAGGCAAUGGAUGAUGCAAAGCUUUCAGCUUCAAAGAUUCACGAGAUAGUCCUUGUAGGUGGUUCAACAAGGAUACCUAAAAUUCAAAGUCUUCUUUCAAACUUCUUCGAUGGAAAAGAACUUAACCAGUCAAUCAACCCUGACGAAGCCGUUGCGUACGGAGCUGCAGUUCAAGCUGCUAUACUUCAUGGAGACAAGACCGAAGAAGUGAAGGAUCUUCUGUUGAUUGACGUCGCUCCACUUUCCCUUGGUAUUGAAACAGCUGGGGGUGUAAUGACUAUAUUGAUCCCUAGAAAUGCGACAAUACCUAUAAGACAGACUAAAGUAUUCACAACAUACGCGGACAUGCAGACGUCAGUGUCUGUACAAGUGUACGAAGGGGAGAGAACAAUGACCAAAGACAACAAUCUAUUAGGAAAAUUUGAGCUGCAAGGAAUCCCACCUGCGCCUAGGGGAGUCCCUCAGAUUGAAGUAAGUUUUGACAUAGAUGCUAACGGAAUACUGAACGUUCAGGCUGUAGACAAGUCCAGUGGUGCUUCCAAAUCCAUCACCGUCACCAACGAGCGUGGCAGACUCACCAAGAAAGACAUUGAUCGGAUGGUAGCGGAGGCGGAAAGGUUUAAAGAAGAAGAUAACCGAGAACGAGACAGAGUGGAUGCAAAGAAUAAACUAGAGACGGUAUGUUUUACGCUCAAGUCUGCUGUGGAAGAGGCCAUACUGACCAACAAGAUAUCUGAGGACGAGAAGAACACUGUGGUGCGGAAAUGUAACGAAAUGCUGAUGUGGAUAGAGGCAAACAAGGAGGCAGACUUAGAGAAGUACAACAGGAAGAUGAGUGAGCUACAGAGCUUGUGUAACCCAAUCAUGGCUAGACUGUACAGGGGAGGGGAGAACAUGGGGUCACAAGGAGGGCCGAAGAUAGACGAGGUUGAUUAAUAUGCAAGAGAUAUAAACAGGAAAUUAAUUUAUACCAUGAAAAAUACAAACAUGUAUACGAACUCA